AUGGAUGCACGAGUGGGAAUAAAGAAGAAGUCUAAAGUCCCCGGGGUGAUGAUCACCCAGUUUGUGGAGGAGAUCCCAGAAGGGAAGAGCCACCCUGACUUCACCCGCAAGCCCAUCGCUCUCACCAUCCAGGAGGGGAAGUUUGCGUUCUUCAAGGCCAUCGUUAUUGGAGAACCGCAGCCCACCGUCACCUGGGCCAGGAAUAACGGAGACGUGUCUGACACGUCCAGAUACCAAACCAAGUAUGACCCAGUUGCUAACGAGCACAUCUUCGAGAUGGCCAAUGUCAAACCUGACCAGGCUGACACUUACAAAUGCUUUGCCACAAAUGAAUAUGGGAAAGCCGUAGUCACUGUGGUCCUGAAUGUCAUUCAAGUUGGAUUUAAAAAGGACCCCAAACCAGCGGCAAAUGAAGUAGGAGAUUUUAAGACUGUAUUGAAGAGAAAGAGUAAAAUCCGUCCCAAAUCUGAGCAAACUGAAAGGAAAGAUGGAGAGGUAGACCCAAAGUUCUGGGAGCUGUUGUUGAGCGCUGAUAAGAAAGACUACGAGCGCAUCUGUACUGAGUUUGGAAUUACAGACUUCCGUUGGAUGCUGAAAAAACUGAAUGAGAUGAAGAAGGAGAGAGAGGAGGAACAGGCCCAGUUCAUCAAAAGCAUCUCAAAUCUGAAGCCAAUCGAAGUGAACCCUGAUUGCUCUGCGUCCUUUGAGAUCGACAUGGAUAUGAUCGACCCUAGCAGUAGGAUCUUCAUCUACAAGGAUGGAGAGAUGGUUCCUUACACCAAGGAGCUGGGAGACAAACACAGCCUCAAACAAAUUGGGAGAAAAUACGUCUUCAGCAUUAAGGAUCUGCUUCCUGACGAUGCUGGCUUGUAUCAGCUGGAUGUGGAGGGUGUCAACAUGUUUUCCACUGACUUCAAAAUUCCCGUAAUCGACUUCCUCGUCAAGAUCCAGGAAGUGAAGGCGACGGAGAGAGAAGACGCUGUGUUCGAGUGCGUGCUGUCCAACCCAUUCUCCAAGAUCAUGUGGGUGGGAAAGAACCUGCCCCUGGAGCAGGGCGACAAGUACGACAUUGAAGCCUCAGAGGACAAGCUCAUCCACCGGCUGGUGGUCAAGGACUGCAUGGUGGUGGACAAGGGCAUCUACGCUGCCAUCGCAGGGAUCAAGUCCUGCAACGCCUGGCUUGUUGUUGAGCCCGACAAGAGCAGCCAAGGAGGGAAGAAGGCAGCCAGGAAGACAACCAGGGCUGGAGGGGCGGGGCUGGACCUGGAGAAGAUCGCCCAGGAGCAGCAGCAGAAGCUUGUGAAGGAUCGUGAGGAGCGUCUGGAGCAGGUGAAGACAGCCAAGGCUGAGAUGGCUGCGGCGCCUGAGGCAGGGCCCACCACCACACCUCCCAGCCAGGAGGUCAAACCUGCCGAGGGUCCUCCCACCAAACCAGCUCUGCACAUCGUGAGUGGAUUAUCUGACGUGUAUGCUGUUCGUGGUAAACCUGCCGAACUGGUGGUGAAGAUGAGCAGCGACUGUGAUGGAGCCUGGCUGAAAGCUGGAGAGAAGCUGUCCUCCAAAGCUGGUUUAGCUUUAACCAAGGAUGGAAACAGCCACAAACUGACCAUUAAGACCAGCAAGGAGGAAGAUGUUGGACUGUAUCGCUUUGAAGCAGACGAUUGCAAAACUGAGGCAAAUCUCUGUGUUGGAGACGUACCCGAGUUUGACCCCGACGACCUCCACAAGUUCUCCAAGCCGGUGAUCGUAAAGGUGGGUCAGAACGGCAGCUUCAAGAUGCCAUUCACUCCACAGGAGUCCCUGGAGGUGCGCUGGUUCAAGGACGGCGUGGAGCUGAAGGACGGUGGGGGCGUGAAGAUGGUUAAGGAGGCGAACCACAGCCGGUUGAUGUUCAGGGACUGCCUGCGCUCUGACACUGGAGACAUCACCAUCCAGCUGAAGAGUCCGUACGGCUCUGUGGAGGCCAAAUCUCGGCUCAUCGUCCUUGACAAGUCCGGCCCCCCGGAGGGCCCAGUGGAGGUCCUGGACAGCAGUGCCUCGGUGGUAGAGCUGAAGUGGAACCCUCCUCAGGACGAUGGAGGCUCCCCCGUCACACACUACAUCCUGGAGCGCCAGCAGCUGGGCCAGAACCUCUGGAAGAAGCUGGGCGACGUCACCGCCGACAAGACGGUCUACCGGGACCGGAACGUGGUCCUGGGCAAGAAGUACAUCUACCGGAUAUACGCCGAGAACUCUGAGGGCCUCAGUGACCCUCUCCAGACAGAAGACAUCAUGGCGGGCACUUUGGUGUUCCCUGGUCCGCCUGGUGCGCCCAAGGUGGUGAGUGCAUCCAAGACUUGCAUCCACCUGACGUGGACCCCUCCGGUGGAGACGUUUGGGACGAUGGUCGGCUACCAGCUGGAGAAGAGGAAGAAAGACACAGUUCAGUGGAUCGCCUUGAACCCUGUCAGCGAGCCCAUCGAAGGAGAUAAGUAUGCAGUGAAAGAUGUGACGGAAGGGUGUGAGUAUGAAUUCAGGGUGUCGGCCAUUAAUGAGUCUGGAGCAGGAGAGCCUAGUCCUCCCUCUGCCAUGGUGUGUGCAAAGAAUCCCAACAUGCGGCCACAUUUCAAAGACCCGGAGGACUUCAUUGUGAUCAGGGCAGGAAAUUCAGUGAGGAUCAAAAUCCUGUAUGAGGCCGAGCCCCCACCGAGCAUCUCCUGGCUGAAGGACGACGAGCCGAUCUCUCCCUGGAUCAACGUCAUCAACACAGACGGGAUGUCCCAGCUGGUCAUACCCUCUUCCAAGCGCUCCGACUCAGGGAUCUUCACCAUCAAGGCCAAGAACUCGAGUGGCGAGGCUUCGUUUGACAUCGAGGUCAGAGUCACAGAUGAACCGAAGUGUCCGGGGCCGGUGGCUCUGGAGCAGACCGUCCACGGCAGGUUGUUGGUGACCUGGGCCCCAUCCCCGGACCAGGAAGUGGAUGACCGCCUGCACUACAUGGUGGCGGAGCACGACUCCAACACCCGGAUGUGGCACACGGUGGUCGACCGGCUGUUCUGUAACACGUACACGGCCAACAACAUCCAGCCCGGGCGAGAGUACCACUUCCGCGUGUUUGCCAAGAACGACAUGGGCCCCUCAGAGCCCUCCCAGUCGCCCACCUGGGGCAUCAACAGCAACAGAAUUGCUGUGACGACCAGCAUGCCUACGGAGAUCAGCUUUGAGAGGCCUCCAUCCAUCCUGGUGCCCCUGAAGGUCCACACCCCUCCGAAGGGCUACCAGCUCUACAUGACCUGUGCCAUCCGGGGCUGCCCCACCCCCAGCGUCACCUGGUACCUCAACGACAUCUGCAUCAACCACGACAACAACUACUACAUCACCAACUCCUACGGCGUGUGCUCCAUGUCCAUCCUCCGCGUCCGGACCAAGGACAGCGGCGAGUACAGGGUGGUGGCAGUCAACUCCUUCGGCCGGGCCGAGUGCUCGUCCAAACUCCUGGUUAAAGACUGAAGUUCAAGUUCAAGUUUUUUUCUUGUCAGAUGCACAGAACAACACAGGGUCAGACUGGGCACUGAAAUUCUUAGGACAAGACCACGCAAAGCAACCUGGCAUAACAUAACAUAUAAUUACACAGAACAUAGAUUAUAUCUAUGAUAAGCAAAAAUAUAGUAAACCUCCUGAAGCAGCUUGAAGGUUUGUUUCGUGCACAAACUUUCUUUAGAUGUAUUUAAGGGAUAGAUCUCCUUGGUUUGAAAUGAAUUAAGAGUUGACUGUUUUUAGUCCAAUGUGCUGUUCAGUGUAGGAGACACAUUCUCUGCUUUUACACUGCAUUGGUUUUGUUUUCGCAUUUGGUUACAGUGUUUCCCACACAUUGACUAAUUUGUGCCGGUGCGCCACAGAAUCAACACCGGCCGCCACAUAUUGCAUUUCGUUAUUACUUUUUUAACGAUAUACGUUAACGAUAUUCGUUCAGCAGCAUUUCCUUUCCAUGCUCUCCCUCCGUCUCUCUGUCACUCACGCGUCUCUCACAUACAGUCACAACGUCAGCACACGUUAGCAACGACACUAUGCGAUAUCAGCGAGCCUUCAGCACCUUC